GUGUAUGCACCGGGAAACAGCGAGAGCAAAGAGAGAAGGAGAGAAAGGGAUAGAGAGAGUGAGGAGGAAGGAAACAGACAGAGAGAAGGAGAGAGUGUAGUGUUUUCCGCUAUUUCUACCAUUAUUACAUCAGCUGUCUUUGUGUGUCCGUCCUGGACCAGACUGACAGACGCUCGGUCUUUGUGUUUGCUGUUUUCUCUUCGGUUUCUUGGAUGCUGAAGGAUUGAUGGGGAUGGAGAUACAACACAGUCACCCUGCACUGCUGAACACCUGGACGCAAGAGCUGCACUGACAGAGGUCUGUUAAGAGGUCACAACAGAGUGUGGACAGACGGACGAUAAGUGUCCAGUGAACGUCCUCGGCUUUCAGGAGAACCAUCUUGCCAGUCAGGAGAGGUGAGGGAAGAGGCCGGCCAAUCGGAGGGGGAGAGAUGUUGGGGCGGGGGGGCCACGUGGCCCUGGCUCUCAUGUCAUUAGUGCUAUUACUGUGGCGUGAAGCAGCACCCAUUGAAGUACCACAAGACCCAAAGAUCCUGCAAGACCUGAAGCAGCCCCCCACCAUAGUCAAGCAGUCAGUGAAGGACUACAUUGUCGACCCCAGAGAUAACAUCAUCAUCGAGUGUGAGGCCAAGGGCAACCCAGUACCAACGUUCUCAUGGCGAAGAAACGGGAAGUUUUUCAACAUCGGGAAAGAUCCCAGGGUGACAAUGCGAAAACGCUCGGGAACUCUGGAGAUCGGUUUCCGUAGUGGAGGACGACCAGAGGACUAUGAAGGGGAGUACCAGUGUUUUGCCACCAAUGACCUCGGAGUGGCUCUGUCCAACAAAAUCCUGCUCAGGGUCUCCAAGGCUCCUCUGUGGCCUAAAGAGGUGCUGGAGCCGGUAGUGGUGACUGAAGGCACCCCGCUGGUGCUAGCCUGCAACCCCCCACCAGGCCUGCCUCCUCCGUUCACCUUUUGGAUGAACAGCGCGAUGACUCCGAUCCCUCAGGAUAAGAGGGUGUCCAUGGGCCUGAACGGAGACCUGUACUUCUCCAACGUCUUGAUCAAAGACGCUCACACCGACUACUGCUGCAAUGCUCGCUUCCUCUUCACACACACCAUUCAACAGAAGAACCCCUUCACACUCAAAGUCCUGACGAGCCGCAAAGUAGCCGAGUCCACGCCAACCUUCCUCUCUCCCUCGGGGACCGAGAGCUCCAAGAUGGUGCUACGGGACGAGCAACUGCUGCUGGAGUGUAUCGCUGCUGGACUUCCGACACCCACCAUCAAGUGGUUUAAGAAGGGUGGGGACCUGCCAGGCAGAAAGGUGAAGUUUGACAACUACAACAAGACCCUGAAGAUCAUCAACGUGUCAGAGGAGGAUGCUGGGGAGUACGUUUGCAUGGCCAACAACCAUUUAGGCAGCAUACGCCACUCCAUCUUUGUCCAGGUCAAAGCGGCUCCUUAUUGGCUCGACAAACCCUCCAACCUGGUGCUCGCUCCGGAGGAGAACGGCCGGCUGGUGUGUCGGGCCAACGGCAACCCCAAACCGAUCAUCGAGUGGCUGAUCAACGGACAGCCUAUAGAGAGCACUCCCCACAGCCCCAGCAGACAGGUGCUUGGUGAUACCAUCCUCUUCCGCUCGGUGCAGAUGGGAAGCAGUGCUGUCUACCAAUGCAACGCCUCCAACCAGCACGGCUACCUGCUGGCCAACGCCUUCGUCAGUGUCCUCGACAUGCUUCCGAGGAUGCUGGGCCCUAAAAACCAGCUGAUCAAAGUCAUUGUGAACAACCGCACCUUCCUAGACUGUCCUUUCUUCGGGUCUCCUCUGCCGGACCUACGCUGGUUUAAGAACGGACAGGGCAGUGGGCUGGACGGAGGUCAUUACCGCGUUUACAUCAACGGCACCCUGGAGAUCAAACGGGCCCGAGCAGAGGACGAGGGCACCUACACCUGUGUGGCCAACAGCAUGCUGGGCAAGGCAGAGAACCAGGUCCGCCUAGAGGUCAAAGAGCCGACUCGUAUUGUUCGAGUCCCGGAGCACCGGUCGGCCGUCAGGGGCUCCCUGGCUCACUUCGACUGUAAGGUGAAGUCUGAUCCCAGCCUGCCCAUCACCGUGGCCUGGUCCAAGGAUGACAAGCCUCUCUCUCUGGGCUGGAGGCUGAGGAAAGAUGGGGAGUCGCUGCUCAUCACCAAUGUGAACGAGGGGGACGAGGGAACCUACACCUGCACUGUUAAAUCUGAGAUAGACCAGGACUCAGCCUCAGCCCGCCUCACGGUGUUAGAGGAAGCCUCCCUCAACCCCUCUAGUGCCUUGCCGCCAGACCGCCCAGACGCUCCAGUGGAACUAGAUCUGUCAGACCCCACAGCCCGCAGCGUUCGCCUCACCUGGAUCCCCGAAAACGACCACCGGAGCCCAGUCACAGAAUUCUUGGUCCAGUUCGAGGAGAACCGCUGGGAGCCGGGCAGGUGGCAGAACCUAUCCACAUACCCAGGAGACCUCAACUCUGUCAUCCUGCAGCUCGCCCCCUACGCCAACUACCAGUUCAGGAUCAUCGCCAUCAACGCAGUGGGCCAGAGUCAGCCCAGCCGGCCCUCGCCACGGUACCUGUCCAACGGAGCUGCCCCAGAUGCCAUCCCCAGAGGUCUACGAGGAUGGGGAUCCAAGAAGGACAAUAUGGAGAUCACCUGGGAGCCUCUGCUUAAUCUGGAGAGGAACGGGCCAAACCUGCACUACAGCGUGUGGUGGAGACGGAACGAUUUGGGAGAAGGGUGGAGUAACGUGACCACGGUGGAGUCCAAACAUGUCAUCCACAACACAGAGACCUACAUGCCUUACGAGAUCAAAGUCCAGGCCAGAAAUGAGUUUGGACAGGGACCUGAGUCUAAUGUGGUUGUUGGAUACUCUGGAGAAGACAAGCCCACCGACGCUCCCACUGACCUGCAGGUGUCAAAGGUUGACAGCACCAAGGCCAACUUACACUGGAAGCCCGUGGACCUGAGCUCUGUGCAGGGAGAGUUCAAGGAGUACAGGUUGUACUACUGGCGAGAGUCCAGUCUGGUUCCGGGUCUGGUGGUCAGUAAGGAGAAGAAGACCAAAGGUUUCUACAGCAUCGUGGCUGAGCCGUCCGGCAUCCUCAGCGACCUGGUGCCCUUCUCAAAAUACAAGAUGUUCCUGGUUGUGGCCAACAACCGCUUUGAGGGUCCACCCAGCAACACGGUGGACAUCACCACCAAGGAGGGAGUGCCAGAUGCACCAAAGUUUUUCAGGAUUAACCGGAGAACUUUUGACACCAUCCACCUUGAAUGGGACAAACCUCUGGAGCCCAACGGCAUUCUGAUUGGAUACCAGCUCAAGUACCAAACAGUCAAUGGCUCCAGAGUGGGUCGUCCCCAGUUGGAGACUCUCCCUCCUAACGUGACAACGUUUACCCUUCGCAUGCCGGACCGAUCCACCCGCUACAAGUUCUACCUGUCAGCGCUCACCCAGGUGGGAUCAGGGGAGGUCUAUGCUGAGGAGUCCCCUCACUUCGCCAAUGAAGCCUACAUAGACCAGGUAGACAUAGCCACUCAAGGCUGGUUCAUUGGCCUGAUGUGUGCCAUCGCCCUCAUCAUACUGAUCCUUCUCAUCGUCUGCUUCAUCAAGAGGAGCCGCGGGGGAAAAUACCCAGUCCGUGACAAAAAAGAUCUCCCCUUGGACCCAGUAGAUCAGAAAGACCAGGACGGAUCCUUCGAUUACCACAGCGACGAGGACAACAAGCCCCUCCAGGGCAGCCAGACGUCGCUGGACGGUAAUGUGAAGGAAAGUGACGACAGUCUGGUGGACUACGGCGAAGGUGGUGAUGGCCAGUUCAACGAGGACGGCUCUUUCAUCGGCCAGUACACUGUGAAGAAGGACAAGGAUGAGACGGAGGGCAACGAGAGCUCUGAGGCCACCUCACCCGUCAACGCCAUCUACUCGCUGGCAUAGCGCUGU